ACUAGCCUACGUUCAAAUCUGCAUACUUCAGUACUAAAUAUUAUGUCCAAACAGCACGCCCUUAAAGUUAAUCAGUACUAUCUUUCCAUACUGUGUAUUACAGUACGCUAGUACGCAGUGUGGGACUAGAAGGACGCAGGAGUGGCGCUUGGGAGUGACGUCAUUUCGUACACAUUCCAGCCAAGAUGGCUGACAGCAUCCCACUGAAUCCUAUGCGAAACAGUUCCAAGAAACCCCCUUAUUACAAUGCUGGCAGACAUCUCAGGUACCAGAUUGAAGACGAAGCCUCGUAUCUUGACGAAAUGCCACUGAUGAUGUCCGAGGAGGCUUUCGAGAACGAUGAGAGUGAUUACCAAACGCUUCCCAGAGCCAGGAUCAGACAGAGGCGCCGUGGCCUGGGCUGGUUCCUCUGCGGAGGCUGGAAGGUGUUGUGUGGAAGCUGCUGCGAGUAUCUGGCUCACGUCUGCCGGAGGAAGAAGGAGCUGAAGGCUCGAACCGUCUGGCUGGGCCACCCUGAAAAAUGUGAAGAGAAGUACCCCAAAAACGCCAUCAAAAACCAGAAAUACAACAUCCUCACCUUCGUGCCUGGGGUUUUAUACCAGCAAUUCAAGUUUUUCCUCAACUUGUAUUUCUUGGUGGUGGCUUGCUCACAGUUUGUGCCAUCCCUGAAAAUCGGCUAUCUCUACACCUACUGGGCGCCGCUGGCUUUUGUGUUGGCCGUCACCAUGGUGAGAGAGGCUGUUGACGAGGUCCGCCGCUACAGGAGGGACAAAGAGAUGAAUUCUCAGAUGUACAGCAAGCUCACAGUCCGAGGAAAAGUCCAAGUGAAGAGCUCAGACAUACAAGUUGGAGACCUCAUCAUCAUUGAAAAGAAUCAGAGAGUUCCAGCCGAUCUGAUCUUUCUAAGAACUACAGAAAAGUCUGGAGCGUGCUUUAUCCGAACAGACCAGCUCGAUGGAGAAACAGACUGGAAACUGAAGGUCGCUGUUGCCUGCACUCAGAGACUACCUGCACUGGGGGAUUUGUUCUCCAUCAGUGCAUAUGUAUACGCUCAGAAGCCUCAGCUGGACAUACACAGUUUUGAAGGGAAUUUUACUAGGGAGGAUUGUGACCCUCCCAUCCAUGAGAGCCUGAGCAUUGAGAACACCCUUUGGGCCAGUACCGUGGUCGCAUCUGGUACUGUAAUAGGUGUUGUCAUUUACACUGGAAAGGAAAUGAGGAGUGUAUUGAACACAUCUCAGUCAAAGAACAAGGUGGGCCUGUUGGACCUGGAGUUAAAUCGUCUGACUAAGGCCCUGUUCCUGGCCCAGCUGGUGCUAUCGAUCGUCAUGGUGGCUCUGCAGGGUUUCAUCGGGCCCUGGUUCCGUAACCUGUUCCGCUUCGUAGUGCUCUUCUCCUACAUCAUCCCCAUCAGUCUGAGGGUGAAUCUGGACAUGGGGAAGUCUGCAUAUGGCUGGAUGAUAAUGAAGGAUGAGAAUAUCCCUGGCACAGUGGUAAGAACCAGUACUAUCCCUGAAGAGCUUGGCCGCCUCGUCUACCUCCUCACUGACAAGACAGGCACCCUCACUCAGAAUGAGAUGGUGUUUAAGCGACUCCAUCUUGGCACCGUGUCAUACGGGAUGGACACCAUGGACGAGAUUCAGAGCCAUAUUAUACAGUCAUACGCUCAGGUGAGCUCAGCUGUGUCUAAUGGCAACAGUGCCAGCUCUACGCCGUCCCGUAAGGCACCACCAUCCGGGCCCAAGGUGCGUAAGAGUGUGAGCAGUCGCAUCAACGAGGCUGUGAAGGCCAUCGCCCUGUGCCACAAUGUCACGCCCGUCUACGAGUCCCGUUCUAACGGUGCCAGCGCCGAGCCCGAGGGCACAGAGGCCGACCAGGACUUCAGCGACGCCAACCGAACGUAUCAGGCAUCGAGCCCAGAUGAGGUGUCCCUGGUGCGUUGGACGGAGAGUGUGGGCCUGACCCUGGUCAACAGAGACCUGAGCUCACUACAACUGAAGACUCCAGCAGGCCAGAUCCUGACUUUCUGCAUCCUGCAGGUUUUCCCCUUCACCUCCGAGAGCAAGCGCAUGGGCAUCAUCGUCCGGGAGGAGGCCACUGGGGAGAUCACGUUUUACAUGAAAGGGGCAGAUGUUGCCAUGGCCAGCAUUGUGCAGUACAACGACUGGCUUGAGGAAGAGUGCGGAAACAUGGCUAGAGAGGGACUUCGGACGUUGGUGGUUGCUAAGAAGUCUCUGUCUGAGGAGCAGUACCAGGACUUUGAGAGUCGUUAUAACCAGGCGAAGCUGAGCCUGCAUGACCGUGCUCUGAAGGUUGCAGCAGUGGUAGAAAGUUUGGAGAGGGAGAUGGAGCUGCUGUGUGUGACCGGAGUGGAGGAUCAGCUGCAGGCCGACGUCAGACCUACUCUGGAGCUCCUCCGCAACGCCGGCAUCAAGAUCUGGAUGUUGACAGGAGACAAGCUAGAGACGGCUACGUGCAUAGCCAAAAGCUCUCAUCUGGUGUCCAGAAAUCAGGACAUACACGUCUUCAGACCGGUGUCUAAUCGAGGCGAGGCCCACCUGGAGCUCAACGCUUUCAGGAGGAAACACGACUGCGCUCUGGUGAUCUCAGGAGACUCUCUGGAGGUGUGUCUGCGUUACUAUGAGCACGAGUUUGUGGAGCUGGCGUGUCAGUGCCCGGCCGUGGUGUGCUGCCGCUGUUCUCCCACACAGAAGGCCCAGAUUGUCAGACUGCUCCAGCAGCACACAGCCAACAGAACCUGUGCUAUUGGUGAUGGAGGAAACGAUGUCAGUAUGAUCCAGGCUGCAGACUGUGGCAUCGGCAUUGAAGGAAAGGAGGGCAAGCAGGCAUCUCUGGCUGCAGAUUUCUCCAUAACACAGUUCAAACACAUCGGGAGGCUGCUGGUGGUGCACGGACGCAACAGCUACAAACGCUCCGCCGCCCUCGGCCAGUUCGUCAUGCAUCGCGGCAUGAUCAUCUCGACCAUGCAGGCCGUGUUUUCCUCUAUUUUCUACUUUGCAUCUGUUCCUCUGUACCAAGGCUUCCUCAUGGUCGGCUAUGCUACAAUCUACACCAUGUUCCCAGUGUUCUCUCUAGUGCUGGAUCAGGAUGUGAAGCCAGAGAUGGCUUUGCUUUACCCAGAGCUGUAUAAAGACCUUACCAAGGGACGCUCCUUGUCAUUUAAAACCUUUCUUAUUUGGGUCUUGAUAAGUGUGUAUCAAGGGGGCAUCCUGAUGUACGGUGCCCUAGUGCUAUUCGAUCAGGAGUUUGUACAUGUGGUGGCCAUCUCAUUCACAGCUCUGAUUCUUACCGAGCUGCUAAUGGUGGCUCUGACUGUACGAACCUGGCACUGGCUCAUGGUGGUGGCUGAGUUCUUCAGCCUCGGCUGCUACCUCGCCUCGCUCGCCUUUCUAAACGAGUACUUUGAUCUGUCGUUCAUCACGACGGAGACGUUCCUGUGGAAGGUGUGUGUGAUCACGCUGAUCAGCUGCCUGCCUCUGUACAUCAUCAAGUACCUGAAGCGCAAGUUUUCGCCGCCCAGUUACUCCAAGCUGUCCUCCUGAGCUGACCCUCACACAGGCGUAGCGUCAAAACGCACACACACACACACACACACACACACACACACACACACACACACAAUAUACAGCAGCUUAAUAGACACUAUCGCAGCCAUAGUGACUGUAGCUGUCCAGGUCUGGAGAUCUAUUAGAGCUUUAUGAAGCUGGUGUGUCUCAUUUAAGUGUCUAGUUAAUGCCGUAUGCCUCUCAUGCUGUGGAGGACUACCCGGGCCAGCUUUUCAUUUUUUUUGCUGGGUUAUCGAUGGACAGCACAUGUACUCGGCACACGAGGAUACUUGAGGAAAAAAAAAAAAAAUCCAAGCACAAUAAAAGACCAAGAAUGAACUCCAGUGGUAGAACUGGUCAGAGUAUUUGAAGAAGAAAAGAAGGACCUUCAUUAGGCACUUCCUUUCUUUCAGUGCACUUCAAUCUAACCUGUGGUUGUUUACUUUCCAGGGCUGUUCGGAGAUUUUUCUUAUAGUGUUUUAUUGCUGUGUAAUGACGUGCAUUACUACAGCAGACUGGAUUGUCCGAAUGAACCACGAGAUUGUUUAUGAAUGGGAAACAGCAAUGCUAUUACUUUCCUUUGAAGGUUUUCUUCAGCUUUGAUUGUCUUUUUUUAAGAUUUUCUAUGCCUGCUGAAUUCAUGAAGUUGUCUUAUUUAUUAUAGAUCGAUGGGCCAUUUUAGGUGUGUUUGUUUUUCUUUUCUCUCUGCCUGUGUCUCACACAAAUGACUGUAGGCAUCUUUGAACGGCUGGAUUGCCACUGAGCAAACAAAACCAUAAGAUGUACUGUAGUGCUGUUUUUUUUUUGUUGUUGUUUUGUUUUGUUUUUUCUACAAAGGGACUUCAAUCAUCUGUAAACAAGAGCUUUAAGAAGAUGUAGGACUAUACAAGACUAUCACCACGUAUUGAACUCCAUUCUGCUGACACAGUGACACUUGAGUAAUGUGUAUUUAUUUUAAUCCUCAGCCUCAGUACUGCUCAGAUUUGUUCAGAUAACCUUGCGACUCUUAAGACAAAUGGUUACCGUUAACCUUAGUGUUGGCCUGAGUGUUCGAUUUGGUCUUGUUUAUGGGUGUGCACCUUUGCCACCCAUCAUUCCAUCAUACUGUGUAUGUGUGGCAGCCUGGGAAAACCCUUCACAUUUUAGUUACCCCAAACUCAGUCACCCCAAAAAGUCAAAAGAGAAGCAUUAUACAUGUAAAGAUCUCAUUACAAUUCUACUUUUAAAAAAAAACAAACAAAACACCCCGCUCGAAAGACCUGUUCAUUUAUAACUUAUGGAACAAAACAAAACAAAACAACAACACUGCCAAAUUAUAAAGAACUAGAAGUUUAUAAUGGGGAAAUGAGUUCUCGCUUUGAUUCUCAGCAUCAUCCACAUCAGUCUCUGUUUCAUCACGAGUUUAAACACGAGCCUCAUCGUCAUCUUUUCACUCGACUGAUCUCUCUCCACGCUAACGUCGGUGAAGAAAUACUUCGUUAAUGUAUUUCAUGCGAACGCGUAAGUGCUCUUCUAUGUUCUGAUGAUGAUUUGAUUUGAUGUGAUCGCAUUGCGGACAUCUUGACAGCCGGUACAAACUGAAUUAGAUCGAAUCAGAUUGGUGUCCAUAUCGCUACGGGAUGUAGCUAUGCAACUACUUGAUCCAAUAAUAAGAAAAGCACACUAGUAAGGUCUUUAAACAGACUGACCGCUGUGUUUGUGAAACCGAUUCCUUACAGAACACGAUCUUUACAGGCAGACAACAGCGGCAAGGUUACAAAAUAAACUAAAUUAAACAUUUUUAUAUUCUGUUUUGUAAAAUACUGUAUAAUGUUUUCCUAAAGUAGUGGUGUUAAAGUAUAUAAUCGGCAGAAAACUUACAUUUCCCAUACAUACGUACAUACACGCACUUCAGUCACAGGAGGAUACGACUGGGUUUCCCAUACCGUCACUUAUAUAGUCUGUGUCGAGUUAAAUUUCAGAAUCCGAAUAAACAUGGGGUUAAAUUUGCGUGUGCUUUUCUAACGAACACUGCUCGACGUCUCUCUGUUAAACUGUAUUGAUGUGAAAUGAGUUGAACUGCUGCCCGGUUUUCAGCCGGUGUGAUUACGGAAUGAGUUUUAUCAUUCUUUGUGUUAUAAAAGAGAGAAAGUAUUGUAACUGGGUUGUAUAUUCUAAAUGAAAACAAAACAAAACAAAAAAAGUCUUUAUUUGCUAUACACUGUUGUUUGUAUUUGUGAUGGAUUUGGUAGGGAUUUGAGUCGUGCCGUGUCCUGAAUAAUCACUGAAUCACGUCUUCGUGUGAGGACCGGAGUAUUGCUGCUUUUUUCCCCCACAAUGUGUGUAGAAGUAUUUGGCUUUUUUGCAGACACUUUUUAUACGGAGUACUAAAAUGUUUGAGGAAUAAAUUAACCAGCAAAAUUGUUACUGCGCUAAUAAUAAUGGGAGCCAUUGCUUUUGAUAAGCUUGAGCUUGCUUUCAGUGUCAAAACCACUUUUGUAAAAGAAAAUCAGAAUGUAAUUGUUGGUGUUAUUGAUAUGAUUUAUGAUUUAAUGAGCAUUAAAGAGCAACACGUUUGAUUAUUUAAGUACUUAUUUGAAAUUGUGUGAAUUGAAUUUUAUAUAUGGUACAGUGAGUGCCCUUUCUGAGUGCAGCUUUCCUGAUUAAAUAUCCAGUUUGCCACCAUUUCUGCCUUUCACCACUAGAUGGCAGCAGUUUCUUGCAUGUGCUUAGAAUUCUCUAAUAAGAACUUGUAUUUAGCGUUACAGAUCAGCACUGCCAGUCAGAAGUGUCUGAACACAUUAAAUAUAUGUUUUAUUACAGAAAAAUGACACACAAAACAAAAAGGUAUGCAAUCAAUCUUAAUUAAAUAGCUUCUGAGACUGUCUGAGGUGAGAGCAGAAGCUAUACAAAAUAGUGAUUGUAUGAAAGGACCAGUUUGUGUACUAUACGUCCACUAAUAAUACUCAAGUGCACUGCACUACCUCCUGGUUUCUGCUUCUUGUAUAUAAUGUGUGAGAGAGUGUGUGAGAGAGUGUGUGAUCCUCAAACCUUUUCUGAGAAUGUUCUGUGGACUGAUGAGUCGAAAGUGGAACUGUUUGGAAGACUGAGGUCCUGUUACAUCUGGUGUAAACCAAACACAGAAUUCCACAAAAAGAACAUCAGACCUACAGUCAAGCAUGGCGGUGGAAGUGUGAUGGUGCGGGGAUGCUUUGCUGCUUCAGGGUCUGGACAACUUGCAGUAACUGAGUGAAACGUGAAUUCUGCUCUCUAGCAGAAAAUCCUAAAGGAGAAUGUCCGGUCUUCAGUCUGUAAGUUGAAACAAGCGCAACUGGAUUAUGCAGUAAGACACUGAUCCAAAGCAAAGGAGUAAAUCCUAGUCCUAGAAGUAAGUGAAAGACUGAUCUCUAGGUAUCGGAAGCAUUUGGUUGUAGUUAAUGCUGCUAAAGGUGGCAUUUAAAUUCAAGGGGGCAAUUAGUUUCUCACAUGGGUGAUAGGUGGAUUUUUUUUAUUUAUUUUUUGCUUCAAUGAAACAAAAAAAUAAAAAAUAAAAAACUC